AUGGCCAGAAGACCAGCGAGAUGCUACAGAUAUUGCAAGAACAAGCCCUACCCCAAGUCUCGAUUCAACCGUGGUGUACCUGACCCCAAGAUCCGUAUCUUCGAUCUGGGACGAAAGCGUGCCAAUGUCGACGAAUUUCCUCUCUGCGUGCACAUGGUUUCCAAUGAGUACGAACAAUUGAGUUCCGAAGCACUCGAAGCGGCCCGUAUCUGCGCCAACAAGUAUCUCGUCAAGAUUGCAGGCAAAGAAGGCUUCCAUCUCCGUGUCCGUGCCCAUCCCUACCACGUUGUCCGCAUCAACAAGAUGUUGUCCUGCGCCGGCGCCGAUAGACUUCAGACUGGAAUGAGAGGAGCUUGGGGCAAGCCCAACGGCACCGUCGCCCGUGUCAAUAUCGGUCAAAUUCUUCUGUCGGUCCGAACCCGAGACGCCCACCGUGCCACCGCUAUCGAGGCUCUACGACGCUCCAUGUACAAGUUCCCUGGUCGCCAAAAGAUCAUCGUCAGCAAGAACUGGGGUUUCACUCCCUUGAGACGUGAGGAGUACGUCAAGUUGAAGCAAGAGGGCCGUGUUUUGAUCGAUGGUGCAUAUGUCCAAUUCUUGAGGAACAAGGGCAAUAUUGAGCAGAACAUGAAACGAUUCCCCGGCGCGUACGAGGGCGGCAGCGAGAUCGCAGCAGAGGCAUAG